GGUCAAGAUUUGGUCCAAACUAUGAUUACCAUACAUAUGAUUCAGCACAGUCUCCUCCUGAUAGCUGGUCUCAGCAACUAGAAAUUCAGCAAAAGUCUCGUCCUGAAAAUACCCAGGCAAAUCAAAAAGAAUCUGAAAUGGAUCAUCAUGUGAAUGUUCCCCCUACUGAAAAACCACUUUAUCGCUCACGUCCUGAUCCCGAGCCCCCUCUGGAACCUCCCCAUCAGAAUCCAGAUUCUGACCUCAGUCCCCCUAAGCAGCCCUCCAUCAAAGUUCACAACCAUCCUGCUCCUGACCAAUCAGAAAUCUCUAGGGAUCAUGGUGAUGGCUUGCAUAAGUCUGGUGGCAGCGGCAAUAGGCAUGCUGGUGGUAAUACUGGUGGUGGUAGCAUCGAUAAACAACAACAUUCUGGUAGUUAUGACAACAGGAACUUCGAUGAACAAACUUAUGGCUCAAAGCAGAACUAUGACACUAAAGAUAACUAUGGGAAACAGAACUUUGACAGGAAACAAAACUAUGACACAAAACAGAAGUACGACCCAAAACAGAACUACGACAUUAAACAGCAAGAUUAUCAUAUGAGCGAGAGUAAUAUGGGGGGUCUGACAUCUAAGACCACCAAAGUGGAACAUAAAGGGCGUGAUGGGGACACACCACGGCAACCAACUCAUAAAGACCAGUUGGAAAUACCCGAAAAAGAAAAAGCUGAGACUCAGUUUUCCCCAUAUUACGAUAAUCCUCAUAAACAAAGCAAGCCAAUAUAUAAUGUUAACGAUGAUAAAUCUUUACCCUAUGAUGACUCAUACUAUGGGUACUCUUCUAAUAACGGGAACCCGCAAAGGAAUUCUUACGCUUAUAAUAGACAACCCAAUUACAAACAAAAUGGCCACCAAAGGGGAGGAGCCAAACACAACAAUGGAAGAAAUCGAGGAAAUGGACACAAUAAAGAUGCUGGAUUGAAGAAUCAUGGUCGUUAUGGCAACAAAAACCAUCUCUAUGGUUACCGGGAUCCCUACAGCGAUUAUUACUACCCACCUGCUGAUUAUAGCGAUGAUAGAAAUUACGAUUAUGAUGAGUUUGGUAAUAUGCGUCAAGGUAAUGGUACACUGGAUGUUUACAUGUAUACACUUGACAUUGUACAGUACUCUAAAUGUUGUAUUCUUGAAGCAGUUGAUGUGUACACUGUGUGUAAUUUUGAAUGUUAUAAUUCAAAUGUUACGUUUAGCCCUUGUAUGACUCAAGAAUAUAUAUGUAUGCCCUUGCAUAUUACAAAAUGAUAUGUAAGCUCUUUUAUGACUCAAGAAUGUACAUGUAUGCCCUUGCAUAUUCCAAAAUGAUAUGUAAGCCCUUUUAUGACUCAAGAAUAUACAUGUAUGCCCUUGCAUAUUA